AUGUCUCUUCGUUCUUUCCCGAUAUUCGGCGGCUCUGGCAGGAUUGGAGGUGCCAUCGUGAAAGCGCUGUCUGCGGAAGCACCAAACGCAAGCCUGAGACUUGUCGCCACCACACCAGAACAGGAAGAGGGGCUCAAGGCGAAAUGGCCCAAAUUCAGCACCUUUAUCGCCAACUCUUACGAUUUACCAUCGCUCGAUGAGGCCGUGAAGGAUGUCGAGGCCAAUUUUGUCGUCAGAUGA